AUGGCUAAUAAAGACGAUGACGAGACGUUUCAAGAGGACGAAGUUUACAUAAAUCCUGAAGAUGGAAUGCCAAAUGUUCAUCCAAAUAUUGCCGAUAUUGAACAAGACAGUGAUACUCAUGACGAAUUAAGCGAAUUUGACGAUCUGCCCAAGUCCGUGAUAGUUACAAAUAUACAUAGCGACGUGUUCUCAGACGAGAAAUUGAAAAAAGAACUGGAGGCUUUGUUUCGUACGUUUUCCGACAAUAUAACGUUUCAGUGGUUAAAAAGUUUUAAACGACUUCGUGUGAAUUACGAUAGUCCCUUGGCCGCGGCUAACGCGAGAGUACAACUUCAUCAACUUCCUUUUCAUAAUACGAGUAUAAAUUGUUAUUUCGCCCAACCUGUGACGCCGAUCUCCUUGAAGAAUCUUAAACCACCUGCGCCUGUUAAGCAAUUUCUCAUAUCUCCGCCGGCUAGCCCGCCUGUAGGAUGGGCGCCGAGAGAGGAAGGGGAACCUAUAGUAAAUGCAGAUUUACUAGCAGCUAUAGCCAGCCUAGCGCCUGGGGAAAGUCAUGAGUUGCAUGCACCUACACCCACUCAACCUGCUAUUAUUGUUCACACGGCCCUGUCCUCGGACCCAACUGCGCCCAUUACUUGUAAGAUACAACAUACACGUUGCCCUGAAUACUGA